CAAAAAGCAAAAAAGACCGCGAAGAAAACCCUCGAGCUUGAGCUCUCUGUGCCUAACCCUCUCUCUUUACGCAUAGUCUCGUUGCGAUUCAUGGAGCUUGGAGGAGCUUCUUCUUCUUAUAGGGUUUUCAACGGCACCCAGUUCUCUUGCCCCAGCGCCUUCCCGAUAAAAUCUCAAACGCCGACGGGCCUCUCGAGCUUGCCUUGUCUUCGUCCUUCAAAUGCUUCGUUUCGCAUUUCCACCACACCUUCUCGCAGAGAUUGCAGUUGCAAAGCGACUCUAAAACAGACCAAUAUGGCCACGGCGAAGGUGGAGAAGAUGUCUGGAAAUGAAUUUGAGCUUUCAGGUUUAACGGCUUUGUCACCGUUGGAUGGUCGUUAUUGGAGUAAAGUUAAGGACUUAGCUCCUUAUAUGAGCGAGUAUGGUCUAAUCUACUUCCGCGUCUUAGUUGAGAUCAAAUGGUUGCUAAAGCUUUCACAAAUUCCUGAAGUCACAGAGGUUCCAAGCUUCAGUGAAGAAGCUCAGUCAUAUUUGCAAGGACUGGUUGAUGGCUUUAGCAUGAAUGAUGCCUUGGAAAUUAAGAAUAUUGAAAAAGUGACAAAUCAUGAUGUAAAAGCAGUGGAAUACUUCUUGAAAAAGAAAUGCCAAUUGCAUCCGGAGGUAGCUAAGGUGCUUGAGUUUUUUCAUUUUGCUUGCACAUCGGAAGACAUCAAUAAUCUUGCCCAUGCAUUGAUGCUUAAAGAAGCAAUGAACUCUGCCAUAUUCCCUGUCAUGGAUGAACUGAUUAAGGCAAUAUGUAACAUUGCUAAAGAUAAUGCUCACAUUCCAAUGCUUUCUCGCACUCAUGGGCAGCCAGCUUCACCAACGACUUUGGGGAAGGAAAUGGCAGUUUUUGCCGUCAGGUUAAGCAGAGAAAGGCGAGAAAUUUCUCAGGUUGAGAUAAUGGGGAAGUUUGCUGGUGCAGUUGGUAAUUACAAUGCACAUCUUGUUGCAUAUCCUGAUGUUAAGUGGCCUCAAAUUGCUGAAGAUUUUGUAAAAUCACUUGGACUGAGUUUUAAUCCCUAUGUUACUCAGAUAGAAACCCAUGACUAUAUGGCAAAACUUUUUCAUGCAAUCAUUCAGUUCAAUAAUAUAUUGACUGACUUUGAUAGGGAUGCAUGGGGCUAUAUAUCUUUGGGUUACUUUAAGCAGAUAACUAAGGCUGGUGAGAUUGGGUCUUCAACUAUGCCUCACAAAGUGAACCCUAUUGAUUUUGAAAACAGUGAAGGUAAUCUUGGUGUUGCUAAUGGAGGUCUUUCUCAUCUAAGCAUGAAGUUACCUAUUUCACGUUGGCAGCGUGACUUGACUGAUUCGACUGUUCUGAGGAACAUGGGUGUAGGAUUAGGGCAUUCAAUUCUUGCCUACAAAAGCACACUACAGGGGAUAACAAAGCUUCAGGUCAAUGAAGCUCACUUGAGUGAGGACUUGAACCAGUCAUGGGAGGUGCUUGCUGAACCAAUACAGACUGUUAUGCGAAGAUAUGGUGUUCCUGAACCAUAUGAGAAGCUAAAGGAGCUAACAAGAGGAAGAGCAGUUACUAAAGAAAGUAUAACAGAGUUUAUCAAGGGCUUGGAUUUACCUGAAGAAGCAAAGACCAAUCUGUUGAAAUUAACACCACAUAGCUAUGUUGGGGCAGCCGUUGAAUUGGCCAGGACUGUAGACAUAGCUGUGAAUUUGGUGAAUGGCGUGGUGGUCUUUGAAAACUAAUAGUUGAAUGAGCUCAACAAGGUAUUUAAUGGUUUACUACAGGGCAUUGUUGCACUACUGGACGAAUCUUCAGUGCCCCAUAAAUCAAUCAAUGAUCAGGUAAAACGUGAUUUAUUGGAAAUGUUAAUUUUGUCGGAAAUGAGGAAAAGAAUAAUUUGUCUCCUGAUAAAAGAAUGGGCAACUGUAACUGAAUUGAUUGUUUCUCAUGUGUUUGAAUGGCUAAGUGGGUCGAAAUUUUGUAGGCAAUUUUGAUCCAAAUAUAAUCAUAAUCUUUCUCA